UGAGCCCCGCUCGCUGCCGCCCUCGCUGCCGCCGGGGGGGGGGGUGCGGGGCCGCCCCCUGCCCGCAACUUCGAACGAUGAUCACUGUCAACGCGGAUGGCAAGAUAAUGGUCAGAAGAUGCCUCGUCACCUUGAGACCCUUUAGGAUUUUCGUGCUGGGCAUUGGAUUUUUCACCCUGUGCUUCCUGAUGACAUCCCUGGGAGGGCAGUUCUCAGCCAAGCGCCUGGGGGACUCCCCCUUCACCAUCCGCACCGAAGUGAUGGGCGCGCUGGAGUCCCGAGGGGUGCUGCGCAGGAUGAGCGACAUGCUGGAGAUGCUGAUGAAGAGGAUGGACAUCCUGGCCAGGCUGGAGAACAGCACUGACUUCCACAAAGGGGAUGAAGCACGAUUCCCUCUGGACAGGUUACAGCCAGCAGCUGGGUUGAUGGAGAGGAUCCAGGCCAUAGCUCAGAACGUGUCGGACAUUGCAGUAAAGGUGGAUCAGAUCCUCCGGAACAGCCUCCUGAAUGGGAAAGUGAUGGAAGGCAGGAGGGAUCAGUGUGAGGUGCCCAGGGACCCCAAGUACCCCGACUGUGCUGGGAAGGUGGAGUGGAUGAGGGCCCGCUGGACCUCUGACCCCUGCUAUGCUUUCUUUGGCGUGGACGGCACCGAGUGCUCCUUCCUCAUCUACCUCAGUGAGGUUGAGUGGUUCUGUCCCCCCCUGCCCUGGCGGAACCACACAGUGGCCAUGCCCUCACCGCCGCCACCGCCACGUGCGCAGGCAGUGUUCCGGAGGGACCUGGCUCGCCUGCUGGAGCUCAUUGGCACCGGCAAGGAGUCCCUGAGCUUCAUGAAGAAGAGGAUCCGGCACCUGGCCCAGCACUGGCUGCAGGCGGCGCGGCACCUCGAGCAGAGGCUGGCGGGACGGCAGCAGGACCAGAAACAUAUCCUUGUCCAUAUUGGCUUCCUGACAGAGGAGUCGGGGGACGUUUUCAGCCCACGGGUGCUGAAGGGAGGCCCUCUGGGUGAGAUGGUUCAGUGGGCUGACAUCCUGGCUGCCCUCUUCAUGCUGGGACACAGCCUGAGGGUCACAGUCUCCCUGAAGGAGCUGCAGAGUCACUUAGGGGUGCCUCCAGGACGGGGGAACUGCCCCUUGACCAGUCCUUUGCCUUUUGACCUGAUUUACACCGACUACCACGGCCUCCAGCAGAUGAAGCAGCACAUGGGGCUCUCCUUUAAGAAAUACAGGUGCCGUGUCCGGGUCAUCGACACCUUUGGGACAGAGCCAGCCUACAACCACGAGGAGUACGCCACGCUGCGCGGCUACCGCACCAACUGGGGCUACUGGAACCUGCAGCCCAGGCAGUUCAUGACCAUGUUCCCUCACACCCCUGACAACUCCUUCAUGGGCUUCGUGUCGGAGGAGCUCAACCAGACCGAGAGGCAGCUCAUCAAGGCCAACAAAGUCAGCAGCAUGGCCGUGGUGUAUGGCAAGGAGGCCAGCAUCUGGAAGGGCAAGGAGAAGUUCCUGGCCAUCCUGAACAAGUACAUGGAGAUCCAUGGCACGGUUUAUUAUGAGACACAGAGGCCACCUGAGGUGCCAGCAUUUGUCAAGAACCACGGGCUGCUGCCCCAGCAUGAGUUCCAGCAGCUGCUGAGGAAGGCAAAGCUCUUCAUUGGCUUUGGGUUCCCCUACGAGGGCCCGGCCCCGCUGGAGGCCAUCGCCAACGGCUGCGUGUUCCUGCAGGCGCGCUUCAACCCUCCCCACAGCUCCCUCAACCACGAGUUCUUCCGCGGGAAGCCCACGUCCCGAGAGGUGUCCUCCCAACACCCAUAUGCUGAGGACUUCAUUGGGAAGCCCCACGUGUGGACUGUUGACUACAACAACUCUGAGGAGUUUGAAGCUGCCAUCAAAACCAUCAUGAGGACACAGGUGGACCCUUACCUGCCUUACGAGUACACUUGUGAGGGGAUGCUGGAGCGAAUCCACGCCUACAUUCAGCACCAGGAUUUCUGCACCACAUCAUCUCUUCCUCCGUCUCCCAAGACCAAGACUCCUGCUAUGCAAAGCCCUCCAAGCCCGCUGGCCCUGUCCCCCAACUCCACCCACCUGGUGUGGUCCCCCAGCGCGGGGUGGGCCCCCCAGGCGUGGCCCCCGGUGGCCUCGCUGCAGGUGUGGGUGUCGGAGCCCCAGCACACGUGCACGGAGACGUGCCGGCAGCACGGGCUGGUCUGCGAGCCCUCCUUCUUCAGGUUCCUUAACAAGGAGGAGGUGUUUCUCCAGCUCAGCAUCGCGUGCGACAGCACCGAGUACGAGAUGAACCAUCUGUACCCCGCGGUGGCCGAGAACGUCCGCGAGUGCUACCUCCAGAAGGAGCCGCUGCUCUUCAGCUGUGCCGGCCACCACGCCAAGUACCGGCGCCUCUGCCCCUGCCGCGACUUCCGCCAAGGACAGGUGGCUCUGUGCAGGGACUGCUUGUGACACGGCGUCCCCACCGCCCUGGUGACACAGGCACCGGGUGGCUUCUCCUCAGAACUCCGCGGCGGCCGAGGAGCUGGGACAGGGCCCUCGCGGUGGGUGAGCCGGGGCUGUCAGACUCUGGGGGCUGUUUCAUCCACCAGCCAGCUGUGAAUGACCCUGUCCUGAACUUUGGAGUCAUUUUCUUCCCGAGGAGCAUCGUCUGACCUCAUCCUGGACUGAACCCACCUGGACCUGGUGGCGCUGGGAUGGGAUGGUGGAGAGAGAGGGCCUGGGGACACCCUUCCCCUCCUCUGGAGAUGGGACAAGCCACCAGCAGACUGCAGUUUCAGGGUUUUCAUCUUCAAGCAUCCUAAGUUGUUUUAUUUAUUGAUUUUUUUAACCCUCCCCCCGACAAGUGGUAAAUUAAAGGGCAAUCCACACCCAGCCCUGCUGUGGGAGUUCUUGGGCAGAGCUGCUUUGCAGGGGGGACAGGGGUGAUGCUGGUGGCUGUUGUUGGUGUCGAGCUGGGGGAGGACAAAGCACAAGAACUGUGGCUGGGUUAGAUGGGCACAUUGGGGACUGCAUCCCUGGUAGCCCCAGGAAGAGACAGUGGUGGGAUGGGGCUGGAGUGAGCUCCUGGGAAAUCUGCUGGUCCCUGGACAGGGCAGGGGUGCCCAAAGUGAUCCCCCCAGCCUCCAGGCUGCUCUUCACUCUUCUGGGCCAUGCACGGAGCUGAACAUCCCCCCAGGGAUGUUUGGAGGUGGAGGUGAGGGCACAGGGG